CAUUCUGAGCAAGCGGCUUGUAGUCACAAGCCACAGACAGCCCUUUUGCCUCGAACCGAUCCCAAAUCACCGUCCAAAGAUAACAGCAAAGCCGUUACCUGAAAAACAACUGGUAUGUUUCUUCCAGAUUUCAACUCCAUCUCUUCGCCCCUCACUUGACCUUGACCCAUCUCCCAAAUCGCAGCGACCUACGAUUCAAAAGUCGACCAUCUUCAAACUUCUUUUACUCCUCGCUGCGACUGGACUUGGGUUUCCCACAUUCUCAACCACGGUUGAACUACUACCUGAUCACAAUGUCUGGAUUGGAACACAUUGAGAUGCAUCCUGUCGUGGCUGGCCGCGGGCUUCCGGUCGACGGUGAAGACUCUACAGGCCACUUCGCAGGCCAGCCCAAAAAGGGGUCAAAGAUCUAUACGAACAUUGUGAAGCGAAUCGACAAUUCGGUGAACAAGUCAGUGGUCGGAAAACUCUUUCGGCUCAAAGGAAGCGGCCAUUCCUCCGAGAUUGGAGAUGCCUACUUGUCGACCGAGAUCCGUGCAGGACUGACGACCUUCGCCACGAUGGCAUACAUUAUAGCAGUCAACGCCGCCAUUCUCGCCGAGACGGGUUAUGGCUGUCGCUGCGAUAAACCCUACGACCUGCAAGGUAACUGCGCAAACAAGGCCGAGUGGACGGCCUGCUACAACGAGGUCAAGCUCGAUCUUGUCACCGCCACUGCUGCCUUGGCAGGGGUCUCUAGCAUCCUCUUUGGUCUUCUCACCAAUCUGCCUGUGUGCCUAGGGCCGGGGAUGGGUCUGAAUGCAUACUUCACCUACCAGGUCGUCGGAGCAAAGGGUUCAGGUUCGGUGAACUACCGUCUCGCGCUUACAGCAGUCUUCCUGGAAGGAUGGAUCUUCAUGUUCCUUGCUCUGACAGGCAUGCGCCAUUGGCUCGUCAAAGUCAUUCCCGGCACCAUCAAGACCGCAAGCGGCGUCGGUAUCGGUCUGUUUCUGACCCUCAUCGGCAUGACGUACUCCUCGGGCAUCGGACUCAUUACAGGAGGCGUGAGCACGCCGCUUGCCAUUGGAGGAUGCCCGAUAGAGAACCUCGGUCAAGCCGGGGCAUGCAUCUCCGGGUACAUGACGAACCCAAAGAUGUGGGUGGGCAUCGUUUUCGGCGGGCUGUUGAUAGCACUCCUGAUGGCAUUCCGGGUCAAGUCGGCCAUCAUCAUUGGCAUCGGUAUUGUUUCGAUUCUUUCAUGGCCGCGCAACACUCCACUGACAUACUUCCCCGACACUGUUGACGGCAACGCACGGUUCGACUACUUUCGCAAAGUUGUAAACUUCCACCCGAUCAAGCACACGCUGGCACAGCAACAGUGGAAUCUGGGUGGCAAGUCGGCAGGCCGGUUCGUGGCUGCGCUGUUCACUUUUCUUUAUGUCGACAUCAUCGAUUGCACGGCCACGCUCUACUCAAUGGCACGAUUCUGCAAGCAAUCGCGCAAGAUAGAUGGCGACUUCCCCCGCUCGACUGUGGCCUUUUGUGUUGAUGCUUUUUGCAUCACCCUGGGCUCCAUUUUUGGGUGUUCCCCUGUAACUGCCUUCAUCGAGAGCGGCGCGGGCAUCGCCGAGGGCGGACGAACCGGUCUUACCGCCAUAGUCGCUGGACUGUGUUUCCUUGUCUCAUUGUUCUUCGCCCCUAUUAUUGCAUCCAUCCCUCCGUGGGCAACAGGCGGCACGCUCAUACUGAUUGGCUGCCUGAUGGUUCGGCAGGUGGCCAAGAUCAACUGGGCGUACAUCGGCGACGCUAUACCAUCCUUUGUCACCCUUAUAUUCAUCCCAUUCAGCUACAGCGUAGCUUAUGGGCUGAUCGCGGGUCUGUUCACUUACGCUGCCAUCAACGGAGCAAUCUGGCUCGCCAUGAAGAUCUCAUGGGGUUCUAUUGCUCCAGAAGGAUACAACUUGAAGGAAUACUGGACGUGGAAGCCUCCCAGCGAGAAGCCUUGGAUCCUCCGAGCAUUUUCAAAGUGCAGCAUCCCGUGGAUGAAAAGACGAAAUGGUGGAAAUACCAGUCUCCCCGUGCACUCGCGCGGCGAGACGGCCGGCUCCCGUCAUCACCGAUCCCAAACGGACACCCCGGAGGACAAGGAAUAUGUGAGACUUGCAACCUCAGAGCCUUUUCGCCAGAUGUUUUGAAACCUGGUACAUACAAAUUCAAAGCCACGUGCAUAAGGUACCUAUCAUGGCAGGCUAGCCGGGGCUUAGUGAGUUGAUGUCACCCACCAUGGUUCGGAUCCGCGCAUGGCAAACAGGAUCAGGGGAUGGACAGGUGGAGCUGGGUCGGAUACCUGGCGGUGGUUUCUGAUGUGAAUACUAUUGUGGGGGCCAGCGGAUUCUUUCUACCCGCGAUGGAGCACUCGCCGUGUUGUAAACGGUUGAGCAUCCAUGAUGGGUUGUUAUUGAAACAUCCACAGUUAGUCACCGGCGUUGUGUUGAAUGUACAGUACUGAGUAAAGAAGGAGUCAAAUAAACGAAGUAACUA